AUGGAAGCGAUUGAGGGGUCUUAUCGCGCAUGCGCGGGGAAGACCAGCGCCGCGGAGGAUGUCGCAUACUACAAACGGAAGGUGCAAAUAGAGGAGAGACUCAUCGACGAAGCCUGGACUACAUUCUCGACUACGCAAGCGAGCUUUUGCCUGCCAGAUAACUGGGUGGACCAAAAAGGCGAUUUGGUCACCGGUUUGAGUUCUCGCUUUCCAACUCGCUCACCAGAGCCACCGUCGUACGACCAGCCUCCGCCUCCCUACGCCGAUGUGAUCCAUGAUCUCCCUCCCGAAUACUCUGCACUGCCUCCACUCGCGCAGCGCAAAUCUACGGCUAUUUCCUUCGCGCCAAAGACUCGUGAAAAAUCGCAUAGUCUGUCAUCCUCGUUGCUGAAAGAUCGUAUGCUGGAUGUACGCAUUGAUUUUGAGAACCCUACCGGUGUUCGGGAACAUAAGAAGAAAAAGCCCGCGGCAGCAAAGAAAGCAGUACCGCCCCCUUCUCCCCCUCCUCCGCCGCCACCGGCAGGCGGGGAUGGCGGAGGAGACGACAAUUCCAACGGUGAUGGUGGUGCCAGUGGGAACGGUGGUGAUCCAGGCGGCGCUGGAGACGGCGACGGGGGAGAUGGCGGUGACGAUUGGGGCGAUUGGAAUGUGAGCGGAAAGAAAGAUAAGAAGAAGAAAAAACUGGAGGAGGAAGAGGAAGAGAGAAAAGCCAAGGAAGAGGAAGAGAAAAGGGCUAAAGAGGAGGAAGAGAGACAAGCCAAGGAAGAGGAAGAACGAAAGGCUGCUGAAGCCUCUGCUGUCAAAGAUCUUAGCUGGGCUGAGGAUGACGGUGGUGGGGGCGACGACUCGUGGGCUGCCUUCACGAAUGUAGGAAAAAAGAAGAAAGGAAAGGGCGAAGUUGCCACCCCUGGCGGGUUCCAGGAUGUAAGUCUUGAUAACGGCGCACCGCAAUUGGACUUGAACUUCGACAGUCCAGCUCCCAAGACCGGCGGAACUGGGUUUAGUUUCGGAGGAUGGGGUAAAGACUGGAAUACGGGUGGCAAGCUUGAUCUUGGAGAGCCUCCCCAAGACGAAUCUAAGAACAACAACCCCUGGGGAACAACCUCCAAGAAGACCGGCGACUUCGAUUUUGACUUGGACUCCGCACCCGCCGAAACAAAGCAAGAAGAUGACUGGGGAGGUUGGGAUGUGAGCAAAGACAAAAAGAAAGGGACAGAUCCCGCACCCGAGGCUCCUGCGCCUCCACCUCCGCCUGCACCCAGAGUCGAUUUCACGCAGGAAGCCUGGUAUCUAAAUCUUUCCGGGAAAGAGCGCCGUAAAGCGAAGAAGGAGAUGGAGAAGAAAUACAAAGAGGAGGAUGAAGCUGCAGCAAAGGCGACAGCAGAGUACGAAGCAGCCAAGGCUGAGGCCGAGGCAGCAGCAGCAGCAGCAGCUGUACCCGACCCUGAACCUGAACCGGUGGUCGAGGAGAAGACUCAACAACCACCCGAGGCAGAUAACGACUGGGGUUGGGGUGCUCCAGUGAAGUCCAAAGAUAAGAAGAAGAUCGACCUUUUAGCCGAUCCGGAGCCUAUCAUCGACGAACCUCCCGCGAAACCAAAAGAGCCAGUUGAUGUUUUUACCGCUUGGGGGAUCUCCUCAAAGGACAAGAAGAAAAGCAAAGGCAAAGCUGAGCCAGUACCUGAGCCAGAACCCAUUCCAGAACCGGAACCUGAACCUGAACCAGAGCCUGAGCCAGAGCCUGAGCCAGAACCGGAGCCAGAACCCGGACCCGAGGCGCCAAAGGUACCUGAUGAGCCUCUAUACGAAAAUUGGCGUGAGAUAUCGUCUAAAGAACGCAAGAAGCGAGAGAAACAAUUGAUGCGCAAGGGCCUUCCCAUUCCCGGCAAGGACUUCGAGCUCCCAUCCGACAAGCCGCCUGAAGAAGUGCCUGAACCAGUUGUUGAACCUGAGCCGGAAUCAGAACCAGUCCUUGAGCCUGAGCCUGAACCCGAACCUGAACCUCAGCCGGAGCCAGAGCCAGAGCCUGAACCAGAUAAACCGGCCGAAGAUGAAUCCUGGGGAAUUUGGGGGGCAGCAAAGGACAAGAAAAAGAAGAAGAAGGGGAAGGAUGUUGAAGAACCUCCCCCACGUGCGCCGACACCUCCUGCUCAGGGCCUGACUCCAGAGCCAGAAACUUUCCAUGACAAUGCCGACGAUAUUUGGGCUGAGCUAGCCCCUAAGACGUCAAAGAGCUCAAAGAAGACCACCAAAGCCAUCGAACCCCCCAAAGAGGAAAAGUCGUCGAAAGGCUUCUGGUCGACCCUGACUGGGGUUUCUACAAGCAAAACCAAAUCAACGAAGAAGGCAGAUGAAAAGUCCAAGGCGAAAGAGGAGAAGGAAUCCGAACCCAUAGAAGAGGAAGACCUGCUUAUCGAUGUUGGUGACAACGCCCCAGAACCUGAACCGGAGGCAGAGCCUGAACCAGAACCGGAACCGGAGCCUGGACCCGAACCUGAGCCUCCUGCCCCCGAAAAGAUAUCCAAGUCUAAGACUUCCAAGCUCAGUGUGGCUGAGCGCAUCAAGGCCCUGGAGCAGGCCAAAAAGGAAAAGUUAAAGGCGGAAAAGUCUAGCUCGAAGAGCAAAUCCAAGGAAAAGAAGGUCGAACCGGAACCAGAGCCAGAGCCAGAGCCGGAACCUGAGCCUGAACCUCCCGUAGAGGAGCCUGCUCCAACCAAGAAGAGUUCAAAAUCCAAGUCUAAGACAGCAGAAGCUCUUGAGUUUGAAGAAAGGAAAGUCUCUAAGGACUCUGUUCCUGGGAGCUUCCCAGACUUUGGAGAUGACCCCGAGCCUGAACCCGAACCUGAGCCUGAGCCAGAACCAGAGCCAGAACCCGAGCCCGCGCCUGAGCCGGAACCUGAGCCACCGGCCCCAGACCUGUCAAAGAUGACGAAAAAGGAACUCAAGAAGUAUAAAAAGGCCGAAGCUGAGAAAGCCGCAGCAGCCGCAGCGGCGGCUGCUGCGGCUGCUGCCAGGGAGCCAACCCCACCACCUCCCGAGGAGACACGUGCGCUAGACCCGGAGCCGGAACCAGAAGCAGAAGCAGAGCCAGAGCCAGCGCUAGAACCUGAAGCUGAAGCCGAAGCUGAACCCGAGCCCGAGCCUGUACAAGAGGAUCCAGAAAAGGAGGACGAAGGUGAUCCUCCCGUGCCUGCACCAGAGCCUGCUGAAGAGCCUCCCAAGUCCUCCAAGAAGGAGCGAGCGCGCGCUGAACGGAAUACGAAUACCUCUUCGUGGGGCUUUUGGGGAGCCGCGCCGCCCCCAAAGAAGUCCAUUAAGAAGGAAAACAAGAUCCAGGAAGAAUCAGAACCUCCAAAGAAGUUAAAGAAGGAGAACAAGCUCCAAGAGGAGGUGGAACCUCCGAAGAAGUUGCCUAAGAAGGAACCUAAAAUCCCAGAGGAAGUAGAACCUCCAAAGAAAAAGGAGUCUACUCGAAAAUCUCGACCCAAAGACCCCGAACCAGAAGUGGAAAGGUCUUCUGCUUCUGACCGAGAGAAGCGGCGAGAACGAGAGGGGCGAGCUUCGAAGAACCAACGUGGCGUGGCCUUGGCCAACAUGGUACUGGGUACACCCCAGUCCAGAAGCAAAUCGACUCGCAAACCUGGUUCUUCGUCGAAACCCGUAUCCAGGCGCCCAUCAGUUGAUAUAGAUGACAAAAUUGCCGACCCAGCAUCUCCGGAUGAGAAGCCUGAGGUUUCUGGAAAAGCAGCCAAGCUGAUGGGCAUGGAUCCUUCCAAGUCUCGACGCGAGCGCCCGCGCACGGACAGGCGGAAAUCAGUUCGAGAUCCGUAUGCGAUCGAGGAUGAUGACCUCGUUAUGGUUGACAUGGAGGAUGUCGAGGGUCAUUCACCCAAGGAGGGCUCCAAGGGCUCAAGGCGUAAGCCUAAGAGACAGUCGCGCCCCAGGCCUGAGGACGACGACGAUGCUGUCUUGGUUGAUCCAUAUCAAGCACAUCCCGCCCCAGAUGUCAUGUCAGGACCCGAAGGUAUGGCCUCUGUCGGCACGCCUCCAAGAGAACGCCGUCUGAAGCGUUCCAACGCCGCGCCGCCGAAGAAACAAGAGAGCGGUGGAUUAAUGGGGCUCCUCGAUUCUCUGAGAAAAGGCACACGCCCCGACCGUCCAGAACGCCCAGAGAUGCCUGAAAGACGGAAGUCGCGGUCAUAUCGUGAUGACGACGCAAGAUAUCCGCCAGAAAUGGACCGCGACGGCGCUCGCAGAUCACGCCGCGAAGAUCGACGCCGAGGUUCUGUCCGACCAGACACCGAUGCCGAAGGGUUCAUGACCGACGCCGCUGGUGCAGCAGGCGGCGAGACAGAAGCCGACGAAGCGGAAGCUCGGCGCGCAGCACGCCAGGCACGACGUGGAUCCCGCAAGGCACCUUCUGACUCUCGUGAAACGGAAGCUCGGGAAGCAGAGGAGCGGCGCGCGAGGCGAAAAGAACGGGCACGCGAACAACGUGCUCGCGAAGAGGAAGAAGAAGAACGACUACGAGAGGAAGACCGUCUACGAGAAGAAAAGCGGGCGCGGCGAGCUGCACGCGAAGAACGACGUGCUCGAGAAGAGCAAGCAGCUCGUGAAGCCGAAGCUCAAGCCGUGGCUGAAGCUAGGGCGGCAGAACGCCGCGAACGCCGGCGACUGCGGGAAGAGGAGAUGAUGGCCGCGAGAGCGAGCCGGCGUCGUGAACGUGAGCAAAGGGUCCCUGAGGUCCUGCCCGAUGAGCGUGAGGUCGACCGUCGAGGGGCUCCUAGCUCGCGUGCGUAUGAAGACCCGAACGCUCGUCGUCGCAAGUCUAAGGUCGCCCCUGAGCCGACUCGGGAGCCGCUCAUGACUGGUGGUUUGAAUCGUGGCGGGGGUGCGAAAGACAAGAUUUCCUCGUGGGUUUACUCGCAAAGUGAUGAGCCUCCGGAGCCACCGGAAAUAGUGCCCACUCUUAUUGAUCUGCCUCCUCUUGCAGCUGAUGAUGGAGGAAAUGCUCACUCUCUUUCAUCGGAUGAGGAAGCCCGUCGCGCUCUUCGCCGUAAGGCCCGCCGUCGUGCUAAGUAUGAGGAAGAGAUUGAUGAUGCUCGUUCGAGGCAUCGUGGCUCUCGUCGUGAAGGUGUGAAGAGCAGCUCUGGAAGUGGUGAUUAUGAACGUGACCGUGGGAUGAGCCGGCAUGGUCCUCCGCCGAGUUCAGGCGCUAAGAAGCCCAGUUGGUUCCGCAAAUUAACGAACCUGUAA